AUGUCCAACGAAUUCGGCAUUGCAACCCUAUCUCUCGGAAAUUGGCGAGAGCACCGACUUGAGCCCAGACUAAAGGCAGCAGCCAAAGCCGGCUUCAAAGUAAUUGACCUAUUUGACGAAUGCUGGGCCGCCUACUUAGAAGAACACAAUGUGCCAGGAACAAAUCUCUGGAACGCCACACCCGAAAAUCUCCGCAUAGCCCACAAACUAGGGAAGUUAGUCAAAUCGUACGGAAUGCGCAUCGCCUGCACGCAACCCUGUCGUAAUGUAGAAGGGAUCCUAGAUGCCGCCGAACGCCGUGCGAGUCUCGGCCUCGUCGCACAGCGGUUCCCCUUCAUGCGCGCUUUCGAUACAGACCUUGUUUUCUUGUGCGCUAGCGUGCGCACUGAUAGCGGCGUGACAUCUGAUUUGAAAGUUGUUGCGCGUGAUCUAGCUGAGCUUGGUGAUAUGGCUAGGGCUUAUGCAGAGGCGGAUGGGGGUCCGAUGUUGAAGAUUGGGUAUGAGGGAUUAUCUUGGGCAGUGAGGAAUACGUGGUCUGCCUCGUGGGAGGUUGUCGAGUUUGCUAAUCGGGGUAAUGUGGGUUUGGUUGUUGAUGCGUUUAAUGUUCUUGCUGUUGAGUUUGCGGACCCCUAUUGUCCCGAUAGACAUGGUCGUGUCUAUCCUACGCUACAAGAGUCUGUUGAUGUUCUCGCCGCAUCUAUGAAAUCUCUGGCUGCUACCGUGCCUUGUGAGAGGAUAUUCUUCUUCCAGUGCGGUGAUGGGCAGCUAGUGAACCCAAAGACUUUUUUGAAAUCGUCUGAUCCGGAGAUUCCUGCUCUUCUUCCUUGGUCGAGAAGUCAUCGUCUUUUCCCUUUGGAAGAAAAUUAUGGCGGUUAUAUGCCUGUGGAAUUGGUUACGGCGGCGGUUUUAGCUACUGGUUAUCAGGGACCGAUUUCUCUUGAGGUCUUCAAUACCUCCUUGAACUUGCCUGGUAAUGAUGUUCCAUCCGUCCAUUCAAUCAGAGGCAUGAAGGGAUUGCAAAAGCUCAUCGAGACUGUUGAUACUCUAUCACCUUUUUGGCAAAGUGAGGAUGAUGCUCGGAAAGCCAAAGAACAGGUCAUCAAACGGGUACAAACUACCAGGUCUAUGUUAUAA